AUGGAUUCCUCCGUGGUAGGGUCUAGCUCUAUAUCUUCAGAAAAUCUAGUGCAUCCACUAAGCCGACACAAAGUGGACGUACACCACCACAUUUUCCUUAACACUGAAUCAAAAUUAGCGAACAAUAUAAAAGCUGGAUGGCGAACUCCCGAGGAGAACCUCCCCUGGUCCCCAGAAAUCAGUCUAGCCGCCAUGGAUGCCCUUGGUAUUCAGUUUGCGUUCAUGUCUCCUCCACCCUUGUCUCCUCCAAAGCCCAGUAUUGAGAACCGCGAACAAAUGCGAGCCUUUAACGACUAUGCUGCCCAUCUCAGUCAAACAUACCCGGGACGAUUUGGGGUAUUCGCAGGCUUGCCCUCCUUAGACGAUCUUGACGGCGCUUUGGCGGAGAUUGAGUAUGCAUUAGGAGACCUCAAGGCUGAUGGUAUAGCGCUAGUAUCUUCCUACGGCGAAGGGGGCACCGCAAAAUACAUCGGACAUAAUGCCUACGAUGCGGUGUGGGCAGAGCUCGACAGGCGGUGCGCUAUCGUGUUUUUGCAUGGAGCGCAGACGCCUUCUUCAACUCCUUUCCCUCAUCCCCUCCUGGGUCUGCCUGUCGUCGAGGUUCCUAACGAAACAUUCAAAGCUGCCGCACACCUCGUAGUGACCGGCAAGAAAAGGCGAUAUCCGAACAUCAAGAUUGUAUUAUCGCAUUUAGGUGGUAGCCUGCCCCUCCUUGCCGCCAGAGUAGCAGCUUUGUCCCCACACAUGGGCUGCGAGCUGAACCACCAAGACAUCAUUGACGACUUUAAAUCGUUCUACUAUGAGACCGCACUCAGCGCACAUGAAGUUAAUCUCGCUGCAAUGGAAAAGUUUGUGCCCUUGGAUCAUAUACUGUUUGGGUCUGAUUUCCCUGCUGUAAGCGUGGAUAUGGUGCAGUGGUACACUCACAAUCUUGAAGAAUACUUCCGCGAUGACCCUGCAAAACUCCACCACGUCGCUCGGGGAAAUGCAUUGGAACUCUUUCCGAGAUUAGCAUUUGUACUUGAGGAAUCCGACACGCCCUACAGUCCAUAG